GCCAUGAGGGGAGCCGGCUCCGGAUUCGGCAUCGUCACCGAGUUCGUCAUGAGAACCCACCCGGCACCCCCGGCCGUGCUGCACUUCACUCAAGACUUUGCGUAUGGUAAUCUCAAGGAGAUGGUCGACGUCUUCCAUGACUGGCAAACAGUCGUCGCCGAUCCCGCUCUGGACCACCGCCUCGGCACGGAAAUCGUCCUGACCCCUCAGGGCGCCCGCAUCAUGUCGACGUGGUACGGCGACGAGGCGGACCUCCGCCACACGGGUAUCCUCGACCGACUCCCCGCAGACGGCUCUUUGAAUUUCCGCCAGGAGAGUUGGGAAGGGUCCCUCGCUCUUCUCGCGGCGGAGGAGUCUAUGCACCGGCCGGAGAAGCCCGGCAGACUCCACUCCCGAAGCCGGGGCCUCAGCCGCGGGGACCUGCUCUCCAGGGAGCACAUCUCCGCCGCGUUCGACAAGCUCGAGCGAGGGCGCGAUGUGACAGGCCCGUGGGCCAUCAAGUUCCAAGCCGUCGGCGGUGCCGUAUCAGAGGUGCCCGCAGCUGGCACGGCGUACGCCCACCGGGACGACGUUGUACUCUACCACUCGUUCGCGGCGGACGCCUCCAAGGAUGUCCGCGACCUCUUGGACGAGUUCCACCGGACGCUGCUGAACAUGGCCCCGGGGGCCUCUGGGACGUACCCGGGCUUCGCCGACCCAGAGCUCCGGGAUCCGCAGCUGUCGUACUGGGGGCCGAAUCUCGCGACCCUCGAGGAGAUCAAGGGAAGCUGGGACCCCGAGGAUGUUUUCCACAACCCCCAGAGUGUUGUUCCCAGGGCUUGGUAAAAAUCUGCUGUAGACUGGUUGACUAGAUUGCCACCGCAGCCAAAAGGGUCGAUUGACACGCUCUCCAUGCAGGUCAAUGAGAGCACUUGUAAGACGGCCGAGAGCAACGGUGUAUUCAGACCUGAGAGUUGACAACUUUGCGAAACCACACAUCAAAUCAGAUAGCGGGAAUGCAAUUCAUAAUGUCCGAAGUCAGAUACGGUUGUUUGUUUGUCAACCGUCAUUGGGCGGUUGUUUCGCGAGUAUUGGCUGCGCAUCAUAACCUUGUACUCGCCACCGACCACGCCACGCCGCCUAGGCAUGCUCUGGCCUCACCCCUUUGCCAGCAUGAUUUCUAAUACCGUCAUUCGAAAGAGCACCAUUGCUGGCUGGUCGGCACACUGCCGACAGAUUCACCCCUGCCUGGACCACCGGAGACCUUUGUCUUGGUGUGUGUGUGUGUGUGCGUGAGAGAGAGUGUGUGUGUCCAGGGCGGUUCCUUUUGGCGUUGGCGAGAACACCCGUGUCUGUUGAUCCUCUAAGACGUCGCGGAGAGGCGAUCCGGACGACGGGAUGGAGACGAUCCCUACGCUCGAAAGCAAAGACGAGCGACCCCCCUCCCCCCCCUACUCCCCCCUU